AUGAGAUCGAUGAAAAAAUGGGAGCAAGAAGUCCAAAUGAAAAUCCAUAAAGACAAGAUAAAAAGAGCAAGAUACCCACUGAGAUCAAGCACAAAAACCCUUCACACUACAAAUGGAAGCCAAAGAAUCAGCACAACUGGGAUUUUGAUUGGAUAUUUGAGAGAAUUUGGACUACAACAACAUUAUAGAGUAGCUUUAAUGUUAGAAUUUGGCAGACCAAGGAUUCGACGAGGACCCACAGAGGUUCGCGAUGCUUACUCAUGUUGAGCUAGAAAAUGUACUAGCUUCAUUGAAGAUUCUUCCAGGCCAAAAAGAAAAAUUCAGAGUAAUGCAAGAUAG